AAAAACUUGUGAAAACUUUUUUUUUUUUAUAAACAAAUAUAAACACAAAAGGGAGAGAGAAAUGAGUUCUAUCAUAAAAAUACACUACAAACUCUACUUAAAAGCCAUGGUAAAAGCUAAAAUAAUUGAAACUCAACUUUAAUAAAAAUUUCACUAGUCCAAUAUAUUGGAAAUAAAGUUCACAACAACUGGGCAGAUGUAUUAAAAAGAAAAUAAAUAAAGAUAUUAAGGACAAGAGUGGUCCAAACAAUACAUAAUAAAGACUAUAGAGGAUGGGCUCAAUGACUCAGGGUCCUGCAUUCUUUCAUUCAUUUAAUUUUGUACCCUGACAAAUGGUGAUGGCUAUAAAAACCUUAUAUAUAAUAACACACCUGAACACAAAUAAAUUCUCUCCGCUACCACCAACGUAAAAGCCGCCUUCUUUUGAGGAAAAUCAUUAUCCUCUUAUGGCAGAGUAUGGGGGCCCAAUGCUUUGGGCCCCCAUCAUAUCUUUUGGUUUUAUGGAAUGGGCCACGGCCCAUUUUCAGUGGUCCCGCUCUGUUUAAUCCUUUUUUUCUCUACUAUAGUUCAAUGGUCAAUGCCCCUGUACUUCUAGUUAGUAACUUAGUAUUCUCCUUAACUAGGUAAAAAAAAACUUUUUUUUUAAAUUUUUUUGAGAGAGUUUCAAACAAUGAUGUUUACUCCUAAUGAUAACUAAGCGGAGAUUAAACCGCAAAUCUCAUAUUCAAUCAUAAGAGACUUUACCAAUUGAACUAACGGGAAUCUAUAAAAAAAAAUUGACUUACUUAAUUAAGCAAAUCAACAUAUAAUUCUUUUAUUAAUAGCAAUAAUAGAAACUUCCAUUUUUAGAAGAUUAGAUCACCACAAUUUGUUGACAAGAAUAUAUAAUAUUUACCAAAAAAAAAAUGAUCAAAAUUAGGAUUUGGUCAAGGAUUUUUUUUUUUUUUUAAUUGGUAAAAAAUUUGUUAAGACUUAUAUAGCAAAAUUUAUUGAAUCCAUUACACCACCCUAAUAAAUUUAACCAUCUUUUCUUCUUUUCUUUUUUUUUUUCUUUUUUUUUGGUUGAGAAAAAACAAUCUUUUCAAUUUAUUGUAUCCAAGAGCAUUGAUUUUAUGGAAUCAUAGAAAUGUUCAACCGUUAAAAUAAGGUUCAACUCUUCCAGAAACUAUAAGGUCCUCAUAUUGAAUAAGUGACGUGGUCCACCAUUCCAUUAAAUGACUUCCACAUAUUUAAAAUUAUUAAGUUAAAAAAAUUUAAUAAAAAAAACUGAUUACUAACUCAGCAAUUUUAAACAAGUGGAAGUCUUUUAAUGAAAUAAUGGAUAAAUGACGUGGUCCACCAAGGACCUUAUAAUUUCUCCAUGUCUUCACCCUCUUUUAAAGCAUGUCCACAUCCCUGGCAGCUCUUCUCUCUGUCUCUCUGUCUCUCUCUCUCUCUCUCUCAAUUUUGUUGAUUUUGCAUUAUUCUGAUGGUUAGGGUUUAUCCAAUCUAUCGUUCUUUGGCUCCUAGUAACCAUUCUGACGGCUUUCGUAGCACCAUGAAAGUUCAGGUGGCUGAGUUGCAUGCACCUACUAAUGUCAUCCAAUCUCCCGAAAUGAUUCUCACUUGCCAUAGCAUUCAAAGCACUCACCCCUAUGGCAUUUUUUAUGGAGAGAAUCCCUUGAAUUCCUCCUUCACACUAUUGUUGCUUGAGAUAACCCUUGUUAUCGUUAUCAUUCAGAUCCUUCGCUUUCUUUUGAAGCCUCUCAAACAGCCUAGGAUUGUCGCAGAGAUCAUUGGCGGUAUAAUCAUCGGUCCCUCCGUUCUAGGCCACAACAAAAAGUUCUUCUCAUGUAUGUUCCCAGAUAAUACCCAAUACGUGUUGAGAAAUAUUGGACUAAUGGGUUUUAUGUAUUUCGGUUUUGUGAUCGGUGUGAAAAUGGAUCUAUCCCUAGUAAAAAAAGCAGGAAAAAAGGAAAUGUAUAUUGCAUUUGCCGGAAUGGUGUUUCCCUUAAUAAUAGUUGUACUUGCUGCAAUGAUUAUGCGCCAGUCCAUGGAUAAAGAUCUUGCAAAAUUUGCUUCGAUUGGAGCAAUUUCUUCUUCCAUGGCUAUAACAUCAUUUCCGUGCAUAUAUACUAUUCUUGAAGAGCUAAAUCUCCUAAGCUCCGAGGUUGGACGAAUGUCACUAUCCACGUCGAUGAUUUGCGAUGCAAUAGGGCUUAAUGCUUUUUAUGCGUUUGAGGCAGCAAAACAAGGGGAAACAAAGCCCAUGGCUGCGUUAUGGUAUUUGAUAUCUUUGGCGGUUUUAGUGGCUUUCUGUGUCAUUUUCGUUGGGCGAGGAAUGCAGUGGAUCGUUGACCAUACUCCUGAAGGGGAUCCAGUUGAUCAAGGCUAUGUGGUUGCAAUUUUGUUAUUGGUUUUAGUUAUGGGGUUUCUCACAGAUUUUUUUGGGGUCGCCAUUGCUACAGGGCCAAUGAUGUUGGGACUGGUUAUACCGGAUGGCCCUCCACUGGGAUCGACCCUUGUGGCAAGGUGUGAAACUCUUAUUUUUGAGUUGCUCAUGCCAAUUGCAUUUAUUUUUAUUGGGAUUACCACAGAUGUAUAUUCCAUGGCUGCUGUUGGCUGGGUGCACUUAUCGCCAUUGUUUGCUCUGGCUCUGAUUGGCUACUUUUCCAAGCUGCUUGUGACCGCCAUGGCUGCUGUCUUCGUUAACGUCCCAUUAAGAGAGAGUUUCACUCUGAGCUUCAUUUUGAGCUUAAGAGGCCAAGUCGAGAUUUUAUUAUAUCUCCAUUGGAUGGAUAAAGUGAUUAUAGGUCAGCCAGGUUUCUCUUUGCUAAUACUAUUAACAGCAGCGGUGACUGGAACAUGUACAGCUUUGAUCAGCAUCCUCUAUGAUCCAACAAAGCCAUACAUGGUGAAUAAAAGGAGAACCAUUCAACAUACCUCUCCAGAAAAUGAAGUUCGUAUAGUUCUAUGCAUGCAUGACCUGGAAAGCGUGAAUGGCCUCAUCAAACUUGUUGAGGUCUCCAAUCCUACUGUCACUAGCCCAUUCUCAAUCUUUGCUCUCCAUCUCAUUGAGCUUGUUGGUCGUGCUGCCCCCUUGUUUAUAGAUCACGAAGAACAGAAAUUGCCUUCCAAAUAUGGAUCCUCUGAGGCUAUCCUCGGUGCCCUAAAGCUUUAUCAGGAAAGCCAAAAUGCUUACCUCAAUCUCCGUACAUUCACAGCUGUGUCACCGAAAAAAACCAUGUUCCAAGAUAUUUGCAAGCUUGCUCUUGAAUGCAAAGCUACUCUCGUCAUCUUACCAUUCCACAAGGAACACUGGGAUAUUGGAGGAGCAGAAAUUGUACUAGCUGGAGUCAGGUCUGUGAACUCCAAUGUCUUAGCUCAUGCACCUUGUUCUGUUGGAAUUCUUUUUGACAAAGGUAAUUUUCAAAGGGCUAUUCCAGCCAUAUCCACGGAGAAUUCUGUCCACCACCAUUUUGUUUUGCUAUUUUUAGGAGGAGCAGAUGCUCGAGAAGCUCUUGUUUUUGCAGAUAGAAUGGCUGGGAACCGGAGCAUCUCUCUUACUGUGAUACGCUUUCUUUCCUAUAACUUUAAUGGAGAUAAUGAGAUGGAGAAAAAGCUUGAUGAUGGGUUAGUUACAUGGUUUUGGGUUAAAAAUGAGAAAAAUGAUAGGGUGGUUUAUAGAGAGGUGGUGGUGAGGGAUGGAGAUGAUACUAUUGCAGCUAUUCAGGCCAUGAAUUCUGAAUCGUAUGACCUUUGGAUUGUGGGAAGGAAACAUGGGAUAAAUCCAGUACUCCUUGAGGGAUUAACAAAGUGGAGUGCAAAUCAGGAACUAGGUGUGAUUGGUGACUAUCUCACUUCUGGAGAUCUUGGUAGCUCUGCCUCUGUGCUAGUGAUGCAACAGCAAGUUAUGAGAAGCAAUGUGGGGACUACGCCUUGUUCACUAGGAAUAUUUCCAUGUAAUUCAUGCUAGCUAUGCAUGUACUGUUUCCUUCAUAUACGUAUAAUUUUCGUAUUUUUGAUAUUGUAUAGCCAGAAGGCUUCCCAAACCUCAGGGUUAAAAGCUUGGGGACUAGAAGCCAGCUGAUCAGGUAAUUUAGAAAUUAAAUCAUAUUUCGCAAGUAGUAAAAGCAACAAAAUACCUCUUAAGUAUACCUAGGAUUGCUAUCUUUUAAGUGGAGGGUUUGACAAAUUCAUGGAAUUGAGAUGGAACAAAGAAAAAGUGAAUGAGAUAUAUACGUGACACCUUCUCCGUUGAUUGACAUGAAAAGAGUUUGCUCUAUCCUUCAUAUUGUAUAGAAAUAUUAUAGUUACUACAAAUUUGUGGACACAUGUCCUAUGAUUUCAUGCAUAUGUAUAAGCAAUGAUACACAUGGGAUGAUAUCAAUAGUUUUGAUUAUUUGAUAAAUUUGGACAAAUUGAAAAUCAUUUUUGGUUUUGAAAAUGUACUCGAAAAAUGGUGAACUGAUAGAAAGUUGAUGUACUCUAAAUUUCGAUGUAACUCAAUGCAACCGUACACUUGAUUUUA